UCUGCAUCUCUCCAUCAUUCUGCACGCCUGUGGAUGCUGAAGGCGAAGACGCGGACGUGUAUCAUUUAUAGACGCAUGGGAUAGAGGGAGUGGGUGUUUUCUCAGGGUCAUUUCUGUAAAGAUGUGACGCGAGCUGCAUGACGUUCAGUUGGCAACACCGUUAAGUUUCGUGGCAAGUGCCUUUCACGGAGGGGGAACCGAAGGAAUGAGAUAAUUCGCUGUUUUAUAUGUAGGAGAAUUAAAAGUGAGGGUUGUCAUGUCGUGCAGGAGAAACUGGGGUGUUUAUUAGGGUUUGGUGCUUGCACUUGUCUGGGAUGGGUAUUAAAACGUUGCGAGCAUCGGCUUGGUGGAUCAGAAAGUGAUCGACAAACUUCACGUCAAACCAGUUUGGGUGAGAGGAUAUGACUUGUGGAUGUCUUUUAUGACUUAUGAACCUGAAGUUCAGGUGGAUUAUCUGUGGGGGGGUUUGUUGUUGAAAUUUUUGAAUGAGACAAUGAGGGGCGCGAGGAGAAGUUUCACGACGUUGGUCUUGGAGAGUUGCAAACGCAAGUUGAGCGCAGAUGAUGUCGAAACGGAUUUUAAUCUAACACUUGCAGACUGGCAAAGAGAGAACAUGCCGAACGGUUUCGAUGCAAUAAACAGGCUUUUGGUUUUAAAGGAAUGAGUAAAUAGCGCACUGCUGUUCAACUGUGGAAAUACGUGGAGAUGCGCAAUAUCGGUGGACUGUGAUUCAACGAUGCGCCCGGACUACACGUGCAUUAGCGCAGAAUGUGAUUGGAGUGGAUUUUUAAAAAGUUGUGUCUCUGCAGAAACGACAUGAAGUUAUUUAUAUCACAGUUAGAAAUAUACAAUAAUCCUCUGGUAUAUCAGGGUAAUGGAGAUGGACAACACAUGUGUUUCUGCUACUUUUACUUACAGCUUUAGAAUCAGAAACAUUGGCAUACAGCAUCAAAGUCUUUGCGUUUGAAAUGCAAAGAAUGGCACACAAAUACUUCUACACAAAAGCGAAAAAUGCGCCGAGCUGACUUGAUUUAUAUGAUAAGAGUUGAGAAUCACUGAAGCUCCGGAUGACUGACGCGUCAACAGGUGACCAAGAUUCAGAAUGCCAGUACUGGUAUGAGAGCUGAUCCUCUGCGCUGGUCCAGUGGGUUUAGUGUCAACCCUCCUCGCAUCCUUCUUCUCCUGUCCCGCUUCUCGCCGCCCACAUGCAGGCAAAGAAGCGAUACCUUCUGGUAUCCAUGGGGGCCUGUACCCUGCUACUAGCUUACCUGUGGGGCAUCCAGAUGGGUGAGUUCCAGAACCAGGAGAGUGCCGAGCUUUACAGGGUCUCCCACGUUCCUGGGAUCCAACCCCGGACACCUCACUGGCCGGAAUCGGUGGAGCCUCCCCGGCAGACGUACCUGGGCGAGGCCGAGCAGGAGGAGGACGGGCCCCUGCUCCUUCAUCAGCACACGUCUCCACGUGAGAGGCGAGAAAUCCAGAAGAACAUCUACAAAAGCCGACGCUGUCGCAUGGAGACCUGCUUUGACUUCCGGCGCUGCGAGCGGGGCUUUAAAAUCUACGUCUACCCCCCGCAGAAAAGCGAAGCGCCCUCGGAAAGCUACCAGAAGAUUCUGGCGGCCAUCGAGGAGUCGCGCUUCUACACGACAGACCCUAAUGAGGCAUGCCUGUUUGUGCUGAGCAUAGACACUUUAGACAGGGACCAGCUGUCCUCUCAGUACGUCCAGAACGUCCGAGCCAGGAUUCAAAGCCUCGCUCUGUGGUACGAGGGGAGGAACCAUCUCAUUUUUAACCUGUACUCCGGAACGUGGCCCGAUUACACGGAGGAGCUGGGCUUUGAUAUCGGCCAAGCCAUGUUGGCCAAGGCCAGCGCGGACACGGACAACUUCAGGCCGCACUUUGACGUGUCCCUCCCUCUGUUCUCCAAAGACCAUCCUCAGAAAGGAGGAGAUAAAGGUUAUCUGACGCUUAAUAAUGUCCCUCCCUUACGGAAAUACUUGCUGGUCUUCAAAGGGAAGAGGUAUCUGACCGGUAUAGGUUCUGAAACCAGAAAUGCUUUGUAUCAUAUACAUAACAGGGAUGAUAUCGUUUUAUCGACUACCUGCAAACACGGAAAAGACUGGGAGAAGCAUAAGGAUGCAAGGUGCGACCGAGACAAUGAGGAAUACACAAAGUUUGAUUAUCAGGAGCUGCUUCACAACUCCAGUUUUUGUCUUGUUCCUCGGGGCAGGCGGCUCGGCUCCUUCCGCUUUCUAGAGGCCUUGCAGGCGGCCUGUAUCCCUGUGCUGUUGAGUAACGGAUGGGAGCUGCCGUUCUCAGAGGUCAUUGACUGGAGUAAAGCGGCCAUCAUCGGAGAUGAAAGAUUACUGCUGCAGGUUCCAUCUAUCACCAGGUCUGUAGGUCAUGACAGAAUCUUGGCCCUGCGGCAGCAGACCCAGUUCCUAUGGGAUGCCUACUUCUCCUCUGUCACAAAGAUAGUCUUGACCACACUAGAGAUUAUUCACGACAGAAUCCGAAUGCACAUGUCCAGAAGCAGACCGAUGUGGAACUCUGUUCCCGGAGGGCUCUACGCACUUCCAGAGUUCUCCAGCGACCCCACCCUCUUCCCGUUUUACUAUUCGCCACUCGGUAAGAGUCCAUCUCAGGAUUUUACAGCCGUCAUUCAAGCGGUCACUCCCCUACAGUACCAACAGCAGCCCAUUUUCAAACUCAUCCAUGCCGUCGCCAAGUCCAAGUUCUGCACACAGAUUUUAGUGCUGUGGAACUGUGAGAAGCCUCCGCCACCCAGAAACAAGUGGCCCUCCAUCUCAACACCCUUCACUAUCAUUGAGGGCAAGAAAAAGACGAUGAGUGGCCGAUUUUUUCCUCAUAAUGCCAUCAAAACUGAUGCAGUACUCAGUCUGGACGAGGACUCGGUAUUGUCCACCAAUGAGGUGGAUUUCGCCUUCAUCGUUUGGCAGAAUUUUCCGGAUCGGAUCGUAGGCUACCCAGCACGCAGCCAUUACUGGGACAGCGGGAAGGGGAGGUGGGGUUAUACCUCUAAAUGGACCAAUGAGUACUCAAUGGUGCUGACAGGAGCUGCGUUCUACCACAGGUAUUAUCAUCAUCUGUACACAUACUACCUGCCAAUGUCCCUGCUCUCGAUGGUGGACCAGUUGGCCAACUGCGAGGACGUCCUCAUGAAUUUCCUCGUCUCCGCGGUAACCAAACUCCCGCCAAUCAAAGUCACACAGAAGAAACAAUACAAGGAGACCAUGAUGCAGCAGGGCUCUAAGGCGUCUCGAUGGGCUGACCCAGACCACUUUGCACAGCGUCAGUCCUGCAUGAACUCUUUCACAAGUUGGUUUGGCUUCAUGCCUCUCAUCCACUCUCAGUUGCGUUUGGAUCCCGUGCUCUUCAAAGACCAGGUCUCCAUCCUACGCAAAAAAUACAGAGACAUCGAGAGGCUGUGAGGAGCUUCAUGAGUUUUCCGUCCUGACAUAGUUGAUUUGCCUGGACUUGUUAACAGAUACAAUAUAUUCUGUCUACGAAAUAUGCAACACUUGAUGGUUUUAUCUUCAGAUAAAAGUUUGGACGUCGCUCCGCUUUGGAUUGUGUCUUUGCAGCGACCGGAUUGGCUCUGUUGGUGUUGUCAUGUGACUUAUGUUGGUGAUGUCAUCUGUGAGGGGGCGUGAAGCGGAAGUUAAAGAGACGUGUGAAUGGAUAAAAAACAAGGGUCGCCUAUGCCUGCAAUAUGUAUUUCAUUUUCAUUUUUCUUUUUUAAAGAAAUUAUGUUUUUUUAAAGAAGUGAAAAAAUAAAACCUAUGAAUGCAAAGUGGGUGUGCACCCUCAA